CUCCCCUUCCCAUUUUCCUACCGCCUCCCGGCACGGCGGCUGCAGCUCGCCUUUUGACUCCCUGAGCUACAUGUCAAGGCUUUUGCAUCCCCUCCGCAGCCUUGUUUAACUGUGCUUGCCAGCGUGUUCGCCUCUUCUGGCAGGGAAGAUGCUUUUGCCUUGAGGCAGCGCUGAUUUUUCCCUGUCCUGUUUCCUGUUUUCCAUCGGCCUCGGUGACUUGCCGGAGAGGAAGGAAGAGGCAGCGCAUCGUUAAAAUCCACCGGGUGCGUGGCGGGGCGGGGGGGGAAGGUGAUGCUAUUUCCCACCCUCCCGGAGGACGCCUGAAUAAAGCACUGCCAUAGCAACGGCCGUGGCGGCUCCCUAGAUAAGGCGGGCAGGAGCACCCAGCGCCACCAGAAAGUUCUCGCGCCACCGAGCCCCACCGCCGCUCACACCCUCCCCACACCGCUCACCGCCUCGUCUUACAAGUGUAUGUGCCCAGGGGAGUCCUGCUAUCACACAACGACUCUGCAUGUGAGCGAAUCCUUAUGAGGAUGAAGUAGUUUUAAUAACCUAUGCUUUUCAGCAUGCCUUAUCCUUCCUUACUCUUCUCUGUCUCUUCCAAGAAAAAAAAAAACAUUUCAAUGAUGUCAACAGAAUAUGUUCAGCCACUUGAUAUCCCAGAAGACAGACUGGACAAGCGAGAUUCACACUGUAACCAUUUAGAAGAUCUUUCAGAGCAGCUGAUAAAGAGCUGUGACCUCAAAAAGAAACCAAGAAAAGGUAAAACUAUCCAGGCCUCCCAAAACACUGAACAGGAGCAAAAAAAGCCAAGGAGAAAAGAUACACCAGCAUUACACACCCCACCACCCCUAUCAGGCAUACUUUCAGACUUUUCUGAUAACCUGCUGAAAAGGUAUGGUAUCACAGAGAAACCACAGAGGGAGAGAGAGAGUCCAGGCUCUCAGAUUACCGAACUUGAACAGAAGAAGCCCAGGAGAAAAGACACACCUGCAAUACACAUCCCACCCAUUAUAACAGGCACUAAGCUGCUUACAGAAGAAAAGCAAACAGUGAUUAUGGAAGAUGAAGAAAAGGAUGGAGACACAAUCCCCAGUUAAGAUUAUAGCAAUAUCUCCAAUAAUGUAAUGUAAAUAAUAAUUCUGGGUCAUUUGAAGUGGCAGCACAUAGAGAAAAAAGCCCAUUCAUUUUUAUAAAUAAUAGUUUUCUUAAGUAUGCACUUGAAUUUAAAUUAUCUUCAAGUGCUUAUCUGCAUCUCAUGAAAUCCCAGGAAGCAGCACAGGAGGCGACAGAAAAUUCAUUUACACAUGAGACUGGAAGGAUUCCCCUGGUUUACUAAGAGCAGCUUUCCAGGACUUUUGUCUACAGGGAUUCCACCUCAGACCAAAUCUAGUUAUAUGAAUAGCAUAGUGAUAAGGGUUAAUGCAAAUGGCACUGCUGACCCAGUGUAGCUGGCACUAGAUACCAGAGUGGACAGUAGCAUAGGGCAGUGCAUUUUCUGACCAUUCUUUCUUGGUUAUGCAGGCUGUGCUUGUACUGUGUUGAGGUACAAGCUUGGCUCUUCCUUCUCCUCCCUCCUGUUCCCCUGGGAUGUAGAACAUCAACUAAAGACUCCAAAUUGUAUUUUUCUCCUGACUUUUCACCUCAUUAGUGCAGCUUUUUUCCGCCAGAAUAAUGUUGACUGCAGUGAAAAUUCCCACACGCAAAACUGAAGCGAUAGACAGAGAGUGUGGGAGAGAAGGAAUCAAGUCUAGAGUUCCUGAAAUGCAAAGCAAACACUUCUUGUGCCUGUAUCUGCUCAUAACUUUGUUUGUAAGGAGAAAACGGCAGAUUUAUUGUAGUAUGAAAACUUAAAGCUAAGGGCCAUCGACACUGACACAUCAAACAAAACACAGGGCAGAGCCCUCAGAAAGGAAACAUACUGGAAGUGCAACAUUUGCCUGUUGUACCAGUAUCGUCUGUUGAUUUUUUUUUCUUUCAAAGGUUUUAUUCCUAGGCUGGUGAAAGAUGGAUGAGUUGGAUAGCUGAUCCUUUUACUCCACAUGUUUUCUUUUGAUAUGUGUUUUUUAAAUGCAGUCCUAGCUUGUCAGUUAGGAGGAGCUGUAAAGAUUGAAAAUCACAGUGGAGGAUUCAGAAUUGAGUAAAAGGAACAGCAUUACUCAAUGGCAUAUGCGUACUGCAAGAUGAAACAGCAUUAUGCUUCUUUUCUAAUAACUUAAUUCAUUGAUUCAACCAAGAAUUGUUCUCAAAGCUAGCUAUAGUCUUCAGCAUUUGUGCAGAGGUGGGUACCUGUAGAAUAUUAUACAAAAUAGGUAGGACUGGGUAGUUUUCUGCUUACCUUAAUAGCUCUGUAUGCUAGAUGGAGCAGCACUGCCAGCUGGAUCCUUAGGGACCUCAGCACAGAGGUUAAAGAUUAUCUAACCUGGCAGACUGAAUUCAGUCAUUUUUUUAACACCCUUAGGCAGACAGCUGAGGAACACACUAGCUAGGACUUCAUCUGCCACAGUGACUGACCCAGCAUCUUUCAUAAGAAUGCAGUCCAUUCACAAAUGUUCAGCUUUGAGAUGUAACCAGCAAGCUUAUAAUAAAUGAUGAUAUACUAAAGCAUACAACAGACUAGAUAUAUUAUUAUGGGAUGUCUGAUAGCGAGAAGGUGUACUUUUUAUUCUGUUAGUUUAUUGGUGAGACAAGAUAGUAUUUAAAAUAGAGCCAAUAAAUAUUUCAAAUAAUAACAUUCAUGUAAAGAAAACAAUAAAGUAUGUCACAGCAAGUAUCUGAUAGGAAUAUAGACACAGUCUAUAACUAUGAGCCAAUUCACUGUGGAAUUUUUAGUUUUUGCAAUUGGAAGCUACAAUUCCAUAUCCAUAUAAUUUCCUUUCAAGCAGGCACUGAGGUGUUAGAAGCUUUAUUCCAUGUCUGUCACCUAUGCCAUGUCUUUAGGAACCAGACUUUUUUUGACGGACAGUAUUUCUCACACCUUGAAUGCCCUUCUCCCUGUCAACUGAGUUUCAUUUGGAUCUCACCCAAAUAACUCAAAGAAAGUUCAAUGAUUAAAUACAGAAUUACUCACAGGACAUGAAGUGGGGAAAAAAGUUGCUCAGAGGCCAGCUCAGCACCAUGUAUUCAGGGAUUCAAAUAAUGAAUAGAAACAGAGUAAAGACAUACGCUGUGUUGCUGCUGUGAAAGAAGGCCCAUAGCAUAAGAGACUCCCUAUACUCUUCUUGAGUGCCAAGGGACUAUGACAGCAAUUUGCCUUUAUGUAAGAGAUGCAAUUUUUUAAGGUGGAAUGAAGAAUUAUGUUGCUGCUGUAAGAAAAUAAAUGUCAGGCUUGAGUUAGUCAAAGAAGAUAUUCAUAUAUUUACACAUGACAGCUCACACUAGCUAACAAACUGAAUGAGCUGAAAAAUCAGUCUCUUCUGCACUUGUGAACAAAAACCUUGAUGUAUCCUUUUCUGCAGGAAGAUUUAAUACAAUUUCAGCUUGCAAGAAAAAUACCAAACCUUAUUAUUAUUAUCAUCCUUACAGUCACCACUCUAAACUUGUCUCUCUGCAAAAAAAAAAAAGGGGGGGAGUUCCCAGAGUUUAUUAUCUCCUGGCCGAACUCGUUCCUGCUUGAAUUAUAUUGAUAUCAACUGAGCUGUAGCUGAGCCGGUGAAUCUCAGCUGAGCCUCUGUGCUGCUAAAAGAGCUUUAGUACCAUACAGAAGCUUCUGCAUAGUGUGAAGGAAAUAAAUAUAGUACUCACCUAAGGCAAUCAGCCUCCGCUUCUGCACUGAUGUGAGAAGUGAGGAGGAGAACAGAAAAAAAUAUGCAUAACAUGCAAAGACAGCGGCCGUCCUGUAGGAACUAGUACAAACAGCAUCAAUAAAAGCAGUAUUCAUGCUAGGUCUUUUCAAGAUCCUUCUGCAGACCAGAACUUUCCUCUGAUGUGAAGAUGCUUCAGAGAAGUUGUGCAGCCUGGGCACUCUUACAGGUCUCAGGAGAUGCCCACACCAUUUCUCCCAGCCAACAGCUCUCCAUGGCCUUGCUGAGCACAGUGCUCUACUCUUCAGAUUACAGUGCUCGUGACUCUACUGGGAGCAGUCCAGUCUGGUUGCCCCAGGACUCUGGAGACUCACUGGAGAUGCCUCAAGGAGCAUAAAGCCUCAGGUACACCCCCAAAGCAUCUUACCACCUUGUUACCUGAGCAUCAUGGCUCAGCUUAAUUUCAAAUGCACAUUUCAGUGCAAUCUGAGCCUAGAUUUCCUAGUGAUGUUGGGUGAAUAUUUUCAGCACAAAAUACAGCAAGAGUGAGAGUGUAGAGUCCUGAAAAGAUUGAAAGAUUGAAAAGAACAUCAACGAUAGAUUAGGCAUGAAAAUGUACAUGUUUAGACAUGAAGGCGCUUAACAAAAGAAGGCAGGAGCACAAAUAGGAUGUGACUGACUUCAUUGCUCUGAAGAUGAUAUUUUUUUCAAAGGCUGGGGAAUGCUGACACAGGUUAAUAUGAAAAAUAUACAUCACACUUUAAGCCUACCAACAGCACUAUAUGUCCUUUUCUGAAGAGGAAUUACAGUCCUACUGACACCUCUGAUGGCUCAGUGGCCUAAUUUACUAUCUCCUUAUAGAUCAACUUGAAGCCCAGCCAUAAAAAUGCCACAAUAUACAUUAUUUGCUGCAGUUCAUUUAAAAUUGCAUAUUCAUAUCUUGGCAAUUAGGCAUUUACUGUUUUUCCACCCAGGAGCAACUUGAGCAACUAGAAAAUCAUUUUUCAGUUGGUCAAUUUAGUACAUGGGGGCUUUUGCAGUGUUCCUGGGAAACAAUUUGUUGUAUUGCUUCUCAAAACUUUCAUCUGCCUCAUUGCAUUCAGUGAAAGUGUUUAAAUGUUACUUUAUUUGGGAAUAAGAUCUGAUUUGAAAAAUCUUAUAAACACCCACCAUUCCUUCCCCCAAAACAAUGCUUUUAGGUCUUGCAGAAUCCUGUGUGGGCUGUACACUGGUGUGAAUGCAGGCUUUUUUAUUGUCCUUCAAGCUCUGAACUCUCUGAGACCAUAUAUUGCCCAAAUUGCAGGAAAUGCUCUCUUAGACAAACAUCCGGAGUUUGUGCAGUCUGGGGCAGAAAUACUUUUGUCUCAAGUGUUCCCAAAAAUUUCCCUCUGGCCAUUACAGUGAAAACACAAGGUUGUAGAAAACCGAACUAUGGCUUUUCAUCUGGCAAGCUCCAAGUAUUAGCAGUGUAAGAGGCCAUAUAUUCUGGAGCACCACUUGUCUGAGGUGCUGGUAGCAAAUUCAGUCCUUGCUUCCCGCUGCCAACUAUCUCCACUAGGAGAAGGGGGCAAAGCACCUGGCACACUGCUGAUGGAAACAAAAAGCUCAGAAACAUUUCUGUAGCACUGUUAGGAUUUAGGAUGCUGCAGAUCACUUAGAUUGAGGUGACUACACACAGGCAUUGACUACUAUGGGGUCUUAGUUCCUGGCUUACAUUCAGACACCUGCAUUUAGCUGGAAUUGAACCCCAACCUAGAAGUCUGCACUGCACAGGGCAACCAGCUCGACACUUCAGGGAAUGAAAUGCUCCAAUCAUUGAAUAAAAGACUGGGAGAUUGUUAAUGGCUAAUAUUUUUAGAGUGAAAUCUGGGUCAGCUUCUACCUAGAAACCAAGGGACCGUUUUCCAUUUGCGACAGAGUUGGGACAAUGGAGAUUUAAAGGCUUGUGCUUUAGUGACAUUCAACUAAGGAUUGCAGUAAGCCCAUCACAUAUCUGAAGGAGAUGUUAUUAGCCCUACUGUACUGCUAGACAUGAGGUCCACAGGGUAAGUGUUCUACCAAGCUAAGCAACAGCAGAAACAAAUACAAACCAACAUUCAUGGCGCUACCACUAACCCGCUAAUACUUACUAUCCUCACAAAUAAAGCAGCAUUUGCUUGCAUUGCGUUUAGGAACAUUUACACUGAAAUUUUGUCUAGUUGAAAUUUUGUCUGGUUGAAAUUUUGUCUGUCUUACUGGUUAAUAAAUAGACAAUCAUAAAGGUCUGAUCACCUAAAGUAAUAGGUGGGUCUAGAUAUCAUAAUUAAUUUUCUUCUUCCAUGUCCUAUGCUAUUGCCCUCUUUGGUCAUGCAUGUAAAAAAACUUUCAAGAGCACACAAACUUUAAAGAUUGCUUUUUGUAAACGUGAUUUCACAGUAUUCUUAUGUGCAGAGACAUGCCCAGCAGUUGCAUCUACAAGUGAAAAAUCAAAAAUGCAGGCCAGUGAAGCACAUUAGAAGUUUUGGCUUCUCACUUGUACUUAACUAAGCUCAUAAACUCAUCUUAUUCUGUAACUUACAUCCCCUAAAAAGCCAUGGGCCUUUUACAGUGAGGUUGUGCAAACAGAAAUUUCAAUAUUCUGGAAAUGGAGCAUGUGUAGCUCUAUGAAUACAAGGAGUGAACAUUAAAAAACAUUUUCCACUUCAUGAUACUGGCUCCUAGUCCUGCAGCAGAAUCCAUAUCAGUCUGUCUGGCUCAGGUGCUAUGAAGAGAAGCUUAAAUCCCUAUACCUGACAAGCUCAAGAGCCUUGAAAAGAUAGGAGUUGGACAGAUAGGAUGAGAAGAAACAAAACUAGAAAGCACAUUCCAGAAAUGAGGGAGUCCCUUGUGAUGGGUUACUUGUGUUCAUUCUUAUAUAAGAGAAGAUGCUGAAUAGAUGAUCAUGAUACACUCUACCUCAAGCUUGGGAAGUCCCAAACCGUCCAGACCUUUCUAGACUUCAGAUUAGUUUUUAGGCCCUCCAGGUGGUCUUAGGGUCAUGUAUUUCUGCAUUCUGUUUAGCUUGAAGAAGAGAAGGCUCAGGAGGAUCUUCUCAAUGUAUAUAAAUACCUGAUGGGAGGAAGUAAAGAAGACAGAACCAGACUCUUCUUAGUGAUGCCUAGAGAUAGGACAAGAGGCCCUGGGCACAAAUUUAAAUACAGGAAAUUCCAGUUACAUACAAGGAAAAAUGUUUUUUUACUGUGAGGGUGGCCAAAUACUGUCUGCCCAGAGAGGUUGUGGUGUCUCCAUCCUUGGAGAUACGCAAAACCCAACUAGACAUGGUACUGAGAAACCUGCUACUGAGAAACCUGCUUUAGCUGAACCUCUUUUGAGCAGGGGGGUUGGACUAGACAACUCCAGAGAUCCCUUCCAACCUCAGAAACUCAUUGAUUCUGUGACUAUUAUUCAAGAUACACACCAAGGUAGCUGCUUAGCAAAGCUCAUCAGGUCUGCGAGAGGCAAGGAGAAAAGAGUUAAGGAUAGAGGGAGGAGUACAUGGAAAAAGAGUGAAGGAUCAGGCUGAAGGACAAAUGCUGGCUACACAUCUGAGGAGCUGAUCUGAACAACAGACCUGAACAAGAAGGAGAAAGGAGGUGAGGAUACAGCCUGUGAAGAAACAAAUUUGCCCCAUGAACCCAGCUGUCUGCCUCAUGACUGAAACAAUAUGAAAGACUCAUUUAUGACCUGCUAGCCACUGUUCUUCCUUCCUCCCUUCUCCUCUUCCUCUUCUCAUACCUGUUCCUCACUGCUGCAAUUGUCCAUGAAGGAUUUUGGAGCCAAUCUUCCCUUCCAAUCCAUGUUUGUGGAUUAGAAAUACACACAAUAUAAGGAAUGAAUACUAAAAGGUCUCUCUAUGCCCCACUCAGUGUAGAUUUGAGCAUUCCAAUUUUUAAUUCAGGCUUCAAUCCUUUACUUAAAAAAUAAAGUAACUCCCUCCAGGAAAACAGAGCACAAGAUUUUCUUACCACAGCAAAGCCAUCCAGUGAUUAGAGCAAAAACUCAAGUCAAAACUGGACUAAACAGAAAAAAAGCGCUAAAUUUGCAAGUGUUGACAGUUGCAACAUAUAAUUCAUAAAAAAUCUAAACUGCAUCAUGAGUGUUAGAUCAUCAGACUUUCCAAGAGGGAUGGAUUACUCAGACUUAUGCUGGAAGCAUAGUCUAUGGUGGAAGCAAGUGGUUAACUCAGAAAUCAUUAAUGUAAAAAACAUUGAUUGCCUUACAAAGCCAGACCUCCCUCACAUAACACAGAUUUCAUUUGUGAACUUCCUACUUGGAAAAUCUCCCCUCGAUGUACGCUAGAUGUCAGUGUUGGAUUGAGACGAUGAUCCCAUCUGCUCCCUGAAGUAGCUCAGUGCAUCAGGCUGGAUGCCAUUAGUACAACUAGCUUUGCUUAGGAAUUAUUUUUCUGAAGUGCCCACCAUGAAACAGCCUGCACAAUUGCCCUCUCUCCCCCACUUUGAAAUAUUUUAAUUGGGCCUACAGCCAGAGACUUUGAAAAAGGGAGGAGAUAUCUUAAGAUAUCUUUGCAAUACCAAUGAACAUCAGCAUAAAUCUCCAGCAAAGGGGACUCUAAUAGCAACACAACACAGGACUUGGCUGCAGAAGAAUGUGAGCAAAGAGGAUGCUGAUCAGAACUAGAUUAAAUUCUUAGUAAUGACAAACAGUCCCCAUGAAAACUUCAGGUAUAUUAUUUCAUUUCUCUGUGUCUUGAUUACACAGCAGUAAAAGCAAGAUGACAAUUUUUCUCUGCUUCAUGGCAUAGGGGAGAGAACGCAGAGGGAGAGCAAGGAAAAAAAAAAUCACUCACGUUAGAUGUUUGUGACACAAAAGCAAUAACCCCACUUAAUUGUCAGCAAUAAAAAAGGAGGAAAAGAAGUUCUGGUUCCUUUUACCUAUUUGGAUGGCUCAGUGACCUGAACCAGUGCUGGCCACUCAUAUAGAGAAUAGUCAGGUAGGAUUAUGAUAGGUAAAUUGUUAACCAAAGGUGUCCUAAAGAGAAGGAAAUGACACAGACAGAAAAUGUGUUUGGAAGAACAGUAUAAUUUGGCUUGUCUAUACAGCCUAUUCAUGUAAAACAUUUCAGGGUAUUUUACAGGCACAAUAUAGCUCUCUGGGAAUUCCUAGAGCUAAAUCGCAUUUCAUAAAUAGAAGGCUUUAAAGUGCAUUUCUCUUUACAUUUGGUUUAGGUAGCUGGGCAGCCUAGUAGCUGGAGUCCCAAGUGCUGAUGGCGUUCAAGGAUGAUGAUACAAAAAUCAAGUUCGUAGUAAGACGAUUGGACAAAAAUCACCGAUACAGCAUUAUGUCAGAACACUUGACCAGCUGUAUGCUGCAUUCACCUGUUUUAUGGAGAUUUCUAGCAAAAUACUGCAAAAUGCUAUAGGACCUUAGGGCAAGUGCACAUAGAAUCGCAGCAGUCCUUUCUAACAGAGCAAGGGGCACUUGUAACAUUCCCCAGCUGUCUUCAUACAACAGCCAGCCUUGAUUUUAAUAUAUUUUUCAUAGAGCAAUGUUAUAUAUAUUGACUGUAGCAGUUUUGACAUUGGAUGUAGUUACAGAUCUGUGGUAUAUAAUAGGCAAGUAAAUCUACUUGUAGAAAAUAUAAAGAAUAGAAUUAGUACAUACAAGAAUAAAUAUAUUAUAACAGAGAAGAGUCAAUAUACUUUUUAUAGGAAAAAUGAUGCCUCACAAAUCUUUUAGAGUUCCUUGGAGGAGCAUAUAACCAUUUGCAGUUUUUUCCAAAAAGAUAGGUGACAAGAAAAAAACAAGCAGGGCACAAAAAGAAAGGAUAUAAAGGAAAAAAAAAAGUUUACUUUAGUGUAAUCAUCAAAGCCACCGGUUCAGUGUUGGUAAGUGCAGAACAAUGCAGAUAAGGAGAGACAACCCUGACCCCGUAUCUGUUGAUGGGCUAUAAAUAAAUCAGCAAUCAUUACUGAUAAUUCUACAGAAAUUACUACUCAGUGACCAAGGACAAUACAACUUAAAAAAUUAUUUGGAAAGGCAUGAAAGGUAAAACAGAAAAUGCUAUAACAUUAUUUUAGAAAUUGCUGGUAUGUCCACAUCUUGAGUACUGUGCACAGUUCUGGUCCUCUCCUUUCAAAAACAGAUUAAAAAAAUGAAAAAAGAAAAGAUACAGAGAAGAGUAGCAAAGAUCAAAAGUAGAGUAGGUUUCCUUGUGAGGAGAGAGCAACAGCACAGGAUUCAGCAGCUUGGAAAGAGAGAGCUGAGGUGGUAUAUAAAUCACCAGGGGCUUGGAAAAAUCAAAUAGGGAGUUACUCGCCUCUGUUUCUCACAGUGUAAGAUCCAGGGGCAACAAGAACUUUUUCACAGAGGGCAAGUUUAGCUGUGAAACUCAGUUCCAUGGGACACUGUGUGUACCAAAGGAAUACAUGGGAAUGAAACCACAUAAAUUAAUGCCAAAAAAGACAAUCAAUGGCAUUAAACUUUCAAUAGGGAUCAUGCAAGACAUAUAUUAAUGCUGUGCUAUGUCUUCUUUUUCCUAAUGGGUGAAAUGAGAGGACUCUUCUUAAUCCAUUUUCCUGCCUUCAUCCUCCUGAACAUCUGUUGCAUUAAAACAGGAGACCAUUUAUUCUCAAUGCAGUUAGGUAAGGCAAAACUUUCUCAUGCUAUCAGACACAGGAAUUGUUGUCUCACCUCUGUUAGGCAGAAGGUCACAUUGAGAACACCAUAAGGAGCCCAACUAUCUAUGAAAAUGUUGACUUUCUUAAUUUGAUGGGAGAUAGUGGUAUGCAAUUAUUAUUUUUUUGAACAAGAGAUCAGUAUUUUAGUAUUAAGCAGACAUAUGCUCCAAUAAUAAGAAGAUUAUUGAAAGCAGUUCUAGCAGAAGUGUCCAUUAUAUCAUCUGGUUAAAUCAUACAAUCUCUUAUAUCUUGAAUUACACCUGCUGCACAAUGCAGUAUGGCCUGUGCAAGGAUUACACAGUGUCCUCCAUCCAACUUUGAGAAAUGUCAUUCCAGAAGAUGCCUCUUAAUUUCCUCUGCUAUUUCCUAUUCCAGUUCUGGGAAAUAUGCUGGAUCUUUUUCAUCCUUCCCCUUUGGUCAAGCAGCUUAUAUCUCACUGGAUGUUCCUCAGAUUUCUUCUGAAAGGCUGGGAAAUAGGUUCCUGAGCUAUGAGUAGGCCUCCUGAAGUGACGAAGCUGAGGUUUGAUGGCUGGCAGUGAUAAAGCAAGAACAACGAUGGUUACCAUGUCUACCAUUCACUCGCUGGUGGACAAGAAAUGAAUUUGUCAGAAGCUCUGUACAUCCCACUCAGUACAGCCUGUCUGUGUAAAGGAGGGUUUCUCAGCCUGUAAGCCAGGACUCUUUUGAGUUAAUGGGUGGUUACAAAGUGUUAGAAAAAGCUUCAGGGAAAAAAAGUGUGAAAAUGUGUAUUAUAAAAAAUACAUAAAUCUCUAGAACAAAAAAAAAGAUGUCUCCAAAAUUGAAAUCUAGGCAAUCAGGCACUUCAAAAUGCUUAAUCUUGAAAUUAUGCUCUUAUUAAGGCCUCCCAGAGGAUCAUACCAACACAGGUGAAUCCAAAGGAACAUUCACAAGGUUAAGAAACAACAGUUUAGACAGAAGAGGAAAGGACCAAAAAGUCUAAACAAAGAAACAACUAACCUAUCUACCCAUAGUUAGCUGAGUACUUGGCUGUUUUCAAACUAGCACUGAACAAGAGAUUAGCUUGAGGCAGUAAGUCUGGACUGAGACUGCAGUUUCCCCAGAAUUCAGGAUCAGUUGGAUUUGAUUUUUGUACAUGACUUAUCAGUAAACUGCAGGCCAUUGUGAAAGUCACACAUGGGCUAUGUAUGACUGACUAUUCUCAGCUUUUAGAGUGUGGCUAUUUGAAUCUAUGUCUUACUUUACUACAU